UGAGCUGCUCAGCUUCAAGAUGCGUGAGCGAGUAGGCAGCGGUGGCUCCCGCACGUCCGACGUGGAUCCCCGCGAGGAGCUCGAGGAGCUGUUGGAGGUGCGCCUGACCGGGGGCAGCAACGGUAGCAGUAAAAUGCUCCUGCCCGUGGUCUCCUCUCACCACCGAAGCGCUGACGAUGACGACGAUGACAACGACAAAGAAGGGAAGCGCCGGAGGCGAGGCAACAUUUCGGACUGGCUGAACCGACUGCGCGCCGCCACAUUAUCGCGCCUGCUGGUGUCUCCCAGAGGUGCUCGCUCCGUGUGGAAGUGCGUGCUGCUACUGAGCGUGUUAGUACUGCUGGUGAUCGGCGGCUCGACGCUGCUGGCAUUGGAAGUGGUGGGAAGAAUGCGAUUUAGCGGAUACUUUGUGCCACAGCGUGGUCACAAUGGACUGUUGGGCUUCUACCACGAGAUGGACGUCGACAUGCAGGCACUGAAGGACACAACAGAUAGAUCGGAGGGGAAACUGUUCCCUGCUUCAGCAUUAAACCCAAGAGAAGUAAAAGCGUGGGUGGCUGAGCGCAGGAAACGCACCAACGGGCGCAAAUUCUUAGUAGGAUGCACUUCACAUUGGAAAGGAUACGUGUUGCGCUCGUUCCUGUCUCUCUUUGAGGAGCUCAAGACUGAGCAUGGGUGGGAAGACCUCGACACAUCCAAGGACCCGAUGAAAGUGAUUUACGACAUGGAUCGGAAACGCGCCCCCAGCGUCAUGCUCUUCUCGCCUACUUCCACGAACUGCGUGCACUGGGCACGAUCAUCGCAGUAUGGAACGACGACUUGCACUACUACGACCAAUUUAAUCCCAUCGUCUUACGUGAUGAAAUACUGUCAAAGGUAG